AUGGGGCUGAGCACAUGGUCUCUGUGUGACAAAUCAAAGACUUUUGGAACUAGCCCAGGUAAACUUGAAAAAGGAAUUAUGGAUAGUGAUGAGAUUUUUGAUGCAGUCGGGCAUUCCAAAUUUGUUCUCAAGAACCUUCAGCAUUACACAGUCCCUCCACAUCUGAGCCAGUACUAUGAGCCGCUGAAGCCCACCGUGCUGCAGAAAUUCAUGGCUCGAAACAAGAAAAUCUUAAGCUUCAUGCUCAAAGUCACAGAGUAUGAUCAGGAUAAGACCUUACUGAUAAUGACCAACAAUCCGCUUCCCUCCCCAAUGGACCAGCAAGGAAAGGACAACGCACCAAAAUACUUUCCCAAGGAGUUCCUGCUCAAGGUAAUGGAAAGGUAUCAACAGCACAAACCAACUGGGAACUUCUGCCUACCUCCAAUGCCUCAGAAAAAAAGGUUAACGCCUGAGCUGAAACCAAUCUUCUCUGUGACACUGUGGAAGAACCCUACAUCCAAGCAAGAACAAUGGUUUAGGUUUUCCACCAAGAAUGAUUUCAAAAGUGAAGGGAAAUAUUCAGCUUUCUGUACUUUGAGGAAACAGAAAACCAUGUACCCUCAGCUCACCUUUGCUCAAGUCUGUAACAAAGAUAUGAUAAAAGAUGUCUCCAAGAAGUCAGAAAGAGACAUGCCAACUUUGAAUUGGGAACCAUUAACCCUUUCAUCGCUUCUGGAAAAGAAGCCCACCAGAACCGCGCCUGGGGAGAGAGCCUUCCGCUAUGGAAGGGCCCAACAAUGGUUUAUAAAAGAUACCACUGUCAUUAAGUAA